UUGUUGACAUGUUAAAAAUAUUAUUGUUUUGGUUCAAAUGUUGGUGGAUUGAAUACUUAAUAGUGAAAUGAUAUUAGUCAAACGUUGCUGUUUCUUCACACAAAAUUUAUGCUCACUUUAUCAAUCGUCUUCGCUACACAAUAUCUCAUCAAAAUGUAUGUUGCCGAAUAAAUUUCAUUUUUUACGAUUGAGUUCAUCAUCGGUUAAACAAGAAAAUGAAGUGGGGACAUUCGGUGACGAGGACCGGCACAUAAAAUUAAUUAAAAUUGAAAUUGCUUUAAUACGCGAAAAGGGUGGUGACGCCCCUGACAUUAAUUUGAUAAAAAAGCGUCAAUGGGACGAGCUACUUAAGUUGGAAACUAAAACCGCCAGACGUAAGUACUACAAGUACUUAUUUUCAAAGGAACAAACUGAUCUAAAUCGGCAAUUACGGAAAGAAGAGCGAAAACAACGGCUGGUACUUGAACCUCCACACGAAGAACCACACAUUUCUUAUUCACUGGGGAGGACGACGUUCUUGUUACGAAUAUCUAAAUCAACGAUAAACACAUGGCGCCACAACAGGCUGUUCCGUGCCGUGCAGUUCGGUGAAAAAUUAAUUUUCGAUUGUUCGUACGAUGAAUAUAUGAUCCGUCCUGAAGCCAUAACUGCUGCCGCACAGCUCACCAGGACAUUUUCCGACAAUAGAAAAGACGGAGAACCAUUUGACCUGCACUUCUGCAACGUAGAUUUCAACAGUGUAACAAUGAAGCAUUUGGAACGUCAAAUUCCGACAAUGCGAAACAAGGAAUUCCCAAUGAAUUUACACGAGUGCAGCUAUCUGGAUCUGUUUCCCAAAGAGCAACUGGUUUACCUGACGCCUCAUUGCAACAAUGACCUAACCGAAUUUGAUCCGAAUAAGAUUUACAUAGUCGGUGCAAUGGUGAACAAAACGAAUCACGAACCGUUGUCGUUCGGCAAGGCGAAGGAAUUAAAUUUGAAAAUGGCUCGAAUUCCAUUAGAUCGUUACCUGCACGGAACAAGUUACUUCAAAUAUUUGACAUUAGAUCAAAUGGUCAGGAUUUUGUUGGAUUUGAAGAGGACGGGAAAAUGGGAAGUCGCAUUACAGCAUGUGCCAAGGACAGUGCCAUAGAGAAGUAGUGUAUGUUGAACAGGAUUCAAACAGGAUAGAAUUCGAUGGAACUAAAUAGUGAGUUAAAUAAAAGGAGAAGGAGCUACAGUUGUAGCU